GUAUCUUACGCGAACAAUUCUAUACUUUAUUUUAGUAUCGGUAUUAUAGAGUGUUAUUUUAAAAUAAAUAUUAAAGCAUUAUCACGUAUGCCCAAACAUAUGUAUCUAGUAUAUGUGCUAUUUUAUACUUACAUUAGACGAAAAAUUCAAUAUCAUAUGCAAUAAUUGUUUUAGUAACUGUCAGAAUGACUAUCAGAAAUAUUAACAAAUAUAUAUCUUAUAAUGUGUUCAUAAUCAAGAAAAAACAGUGUUCAGGGAGCAUUAAAUUUUGUUUAACAUAGUGCAAGAAGUGAUUUCUUAGAAAAUGAGAUGAAACGAUUCGACGAUAAUCUUACUGCUAUUGGUAAGAAAUGGUAUGAAGAAUAUCAGAAGACUGAGGAACCAUGCAAACAUUCUGUGUCAGAAGUAAAUGUACUGGAUUUGAAAGAAGAAGGAAAAAGGUAUUUGGACGCAGAGACCAAUGCUUUUCAGGUGAAACAGUCAAAAUCAAAAGAUUCGAAUUCAAGAUGGCUAAAGACAGUAGUAAAGCAGGGUACCACUUCGGACAAAGUAGCAGCCAGCAUAGUACUGAUACAGGAUAAUCCCAAGUACAAUCUUGGUCGCCUAAUAACCUUAGUGUCUCAAGUACGAGGUGCUAAGCACAAUCAAUGCAACAUGAUCGUCGCCUCCCUGAAGGAACUUUUCCUUGAUGACUUGUUGCAUCCCAAAUUCAGGUUGUUGAAAUUGGAGGAGCAGGACUUGGACAAGCUCAAUCUAGAAAAUGAGUCGAACGCCAUCGUCAAAACGAGCGGCGCAAGGAACAGGCUGCUGGCGCAUUGGUUCUACGAGGACCAACUUCGUGAACAAUACGAACGUUUCAUUUUGAAUCUGUCUGCGGUUGCUUCCGACACGAUAGAUACAAAUCGCGAGAAAGCCAUAGCCGCGAUGACGGAUCUUCUGAUAGGCAACGCCGAGCAAGAACACAAGCUGCUGGAACUGAUAGUCAAUAAGAUCGGCGAUCCCAAUUGCAAGGUGGGAUCCAAGGCUGUGUUCUGUAUUAACAAGCUGCUGCACGAGCACCCGAACAUGAAGCUCGUGGUUCUGCGCGAGAUCGAGAAACUGUUGUUUAGGAAGAACGUGGCGCAACGCACGCAGUAUUACGCCAUAUGUUUGUUGGCGCAAUUCAUCUUGGAUGCACAGAGCGACGAGAUAGCCGCCACGUUGAUUGAAGUGUACUUCGCCUUCUUCAAGGCGUGUCUGAAGAAGGGAGAACCCGACAGCAGGAUGAUGGCGGCGAUUUUAACGGGUGUCAAUAGGGCAUAUCCUUUCGCCAACAUAGGCUCGAGCGUGAUGAACGAGCACAUCGACUCUGUUUACAAAGUGGUGCACUUUGGGUCGUUUAACGUCUCCCUCAGUGCACUCAACUUGUUGCUUCAAAUCACAGGCAAGGAUGAGUCUCAGGCAAGCAGAUUUUAUUCAGUCUUCUAUAGGAAACUUUUGGAUCCGCAAAUAGGAACGGCGAAUAAACGUGCGAUGUUUUUAAACCUGUUAUACAGAGUUUUGCAGCGGGAUCAAAGCGUGCUGCGUUUGUACGCUUUCAUCAAAAGAAUCCUGCAGAUUACGAUAUACUUCCCGGCGAAUAUGGCCUGCGCAACACUGUACAUUGUUUCUAAAAUUCUUCAAAGCCGCAAACACCUCAGACACAUGUUGUUUGAACCUAUUAAAAUCGAGAAAGAGGAUGUAUGUGAAGUAAGAGACGACUUAUCGGAUACAGAAGACAUUCAUGUGAUAGACGAAGUUAAAGUUGAAGACGAAGAGGACAAUAUCAUGUUAUCAAACGUUAUGAUUGGCGCGGAAGCCGCGCCAGAAACGAAGCCGGACGUAAAAGUCGAAGUGGAGGUCACAAAAUUGUAUGAUCCUUUUUGUCGGAAUCCGCUCUACGCGGGUGCGACUAAAGGGUUCAACAUGGAACUCACGGCGUUGUCCAAACAUUUUCACCCGAGCGUCGCCUUAUUCGCAAACGCGAUCAUUCAAGGAAACCCGAUCAACUACACGGGAGAUCCGUUGGAGGACUUAACGUUGAUACGAUUCUUAGAUCGAUACGUCUUUAAAAACCCGAAGAAGCUGGACGACAAGAAGGUGCAAAGGAAGAACGAUCUUAUGGCACAACGCGCCGGGUAUACACCAAAAGGCUUACGCUCCCUUCCCGUGGAUAGCGCGGCGUAUCUCAACGAGAUGGAGGAACGAAUACCGGUGGAUGAACUGUUUCUUUACCGGUUCUUGAAACAAAAGAAAGAGAUAAAGAAGCGUAUCAAGAAAGAGGACGACGAAGACUUGGAGAGUGUUAACAGCGAGGAAUUCAACGAGAUGCUGGAUAACUUGAAGAGCGGUCAAGAUUUCGAUGAUUUGGAUAUCGCGGCCGAUAUCGUGCCCAGAAAGAAGAAAGGAAAAGUUGAUGAAGAGUCCGAUGAUGAUGAAAACGAUAAUCAAUCUGAAGAUGAUGUCGAUGAGGACGAUAACGAAGAUGAAUUUGAAGAGGAUAAUAUCGUGGAUGACGACAAAUUGCAAGAUUUGAGCGACAUUGAUCUCGCGGACGUGGAUGAUGAUCUCAGCGAUAUGGAAUUCAACGAGGGCGGUUCCGAGGACGAAGACGAUAAUCUGAACGAUGAGUUGGUUUCGGGUUUGAAGCAAAAGCUGCAGCAGCAGCAGGGUUCCAAGAGUAAGAGCAAAGAGAAGAAAAAGGGGAAGGGAAUCGACAGCAAUAUAUUCGUGUCAGCGGAGAAAUUCGCGGAGAUGUUGGAGGAACAGAGCAGAGCGAGAGGCAAGCACGGUAGUAGCAAUGCUUUCAGUAGUAGCGACGGAGCCAGUGCCAAGCAAAUAGAUUGGGAGAUACAACGAAACCAGCGGUUGAAGGGACCGUUCGGUAGAAAGAAACGUAAGCCCGCCGCGAAACAAACGUCUAAUAAUAAGCGAAUAAAGAGAUUUAAACGAUAAAUUACUUAAUAAACAUGUUUUAUAAAUACAACCUUACAUUCGUUUACAGUA